AUGGGUUGUAUUAUCGCUCUUGAUCGUGAUGAAUCAAUAGUAUUCAGUAAACCAACAGGUAAAGAAGUUCGUCAAGGUCCUGGUUGGAUUUGUUACCCAACUUGGUGGAAAUUACAAGUUUUCAAAUCGAUACCAUUGCAAAGUAAUCAAUAUAUCGUUGUUAAACAUGUAAUUCUUCCCAAGAACAAAGGUAAAUCUGCAAGAUCAAAUGAAAUGUCAUUAACAAAAAGGACAACUACAAAUGAAAAAGAUGAACUAUUAAAUGAUCCUGAUAUGCAAUUAAUUGAAGUUAUUCGUGGACCACAGAUAUAUCAUAUUAGUAAUCCUUAUGAUCAAGUUAGUGAAAUAAGAUCAAUGUUAAAUUUAUCAGCGACACAAUAUGUUGUCAUUACGGAUGCAUUAACAGGUGCAAAAUCAGUUGAAUGUGGUCCACAAUUAUAUUGUCCAAAACCAUACGAUCAAAUUGGAGAAAUUCAAAAUAUGUAUAAUUUAUCAUCAACUCAAUAUGUUAUUGUUACAGAUGAAUCAACUGGAGACAGAAAAUCAGUUAAUGGUCCAAAAUUAUUUUUACCAAAAGCUUACGACAAAGUAUCAAAGAUGCAUAAUUAUAUAGUUCUUAAUCAUGCACAAUAUUGUCGUGUAAUUGAUACUCAUACAGGUAUUAUGCGUAUUGAAAAAGGUCCACAAACAUUUUCACUUGGACCAUAUGAAUCUUUAAUGGAUGUUGAUGGUCAAAGUAUAUUCGAUGUUAUCAAUAUUGAUACAGAAAAUGGUGUACUUGUUAAAAAUCUUGAUACUGGUAUAAAUGAAUUAAUAACUACACCACAAAAAUUCAUCCCAUCAUUUACACAAGCCUUCAUUGAAAUAAGAAAAUUAAUUAAAUUAGCACCAUAUGAAAAUAUGAUAUUAAUCGACAAGGAUGGUCAUCAUAUAUUAAAAAAUGGCUUGAAGGAUAAAUCAUUUUUUAUUUAUCCUUAUCAACAAGUUUAUAAACAAUUUUGGUCAAAUGAUCUUAAAAAAGAUCAUCGAUCAACUGUGGAAGUUGAUCGUUUUGAUACAAGAAAUCAAUAUAUGGACUAUGAAUUUCUUGUUCGUACAGCAGAUAAUGUUGAAAUCAUUCUUGAUGUAUCUAUUUUCUGGCAAAUUACAGAUUUAUAUAAACUUGUUCUUGUUACACAAGAUCCUCCAGAAGAUAUUUGUAAUCAUACUCGUUCAGAAAUUUUAAGUCAAGUAUCAAAAUCUAACAUGAAGGAAUUUAUGGAAUUACCAAAUAGUAAAUUAAUUGAAUCGGUUAAUUCGGAUAAAGAUGAUACAUUUUUUGAAUCACGUGGUGUUAAUGUUAUUCGUGUUGAAAUCCUACAAAAGCGUUGUAAAGAUCCUGAAAUUCAAAAGAUCUUUAAACAAAUUAUUGAUGAAAAAACAAAUCGUAUUAAAAAUAUUGAAAAACAAGGAGCUGAAAAUGAAGUGAAAUUAUGCCACUUAAAUGGUCAAAUCGAAGCUGAAAAAUUAGUUGGAACAUUAUUAAAAAUUAAAAAAGAAAAUGAGCGACAAGAAAAUGUUGCUGAUGGUAUUGCUGAAGGUAGUCGAAUACAAAAUUUUGUUAGUAAUCUUGGUGAUGAUAUACCAUUAGAAAAAAAAUUACAAGUAUAUUUCGAUAUACAAAAUACCAAACGUUUAGAAAUGAUAGCACAAUCGAAAACAACUUUGUAUUUAACACCAAAGGAGGUUGAUACUAAAGUUAUUAAUGUUAAUACAAUUCAUCCAACAGAUGAUGCUGUUAUAUCAAACACUCAAACCAGAUUGAAUAUUGAAGUUUAA